AUGAUUGGCCCCUUACCACUUCGAUCGGAAAUAAGAAAACCAUCUGACAGCUGUCAAAGUGGUCAAAUUCAAAGUCGCCAACAUGGCGUUAAAUUUCAAGUGUGUAUAUAUUAUCGUGGUAGCACUCGCAAUAACUUCAGCCGUCGAUAAGGGCAAUUUUAAAAGUUGUGAACAGAGCAGUUUCUGCAGACGUUUAAGAAACGCUAAACCACAAGAUGCAGAUUUCGUUUUAAAUUUAGACACCCUACACGUUUCUGACAACGCCGUCGAAGCAGAACUAAGAAAUGAGGAAGCUGAAGCCACUUUCAAGUUUGUCUUGACUUCGCUCCAUGGAAAUAUCUUCCGCGUGUUUAUUGACGAAGAAAAACCGCUACAUUCACGCUAUCAAGUGGACGGGGCACUAAACGGGGAACUACAAGUCGCCAAGUUAGAAGUACUAGAACGCGACAAAGAAAAAGUUGUCGUCCGUUCUGGCGACAACAAAGCCGUCAUUACAGCGGAACCCAUCAGAAUCGAAUUCUUCAAAAAUGACGUUCUCGUGGCGGUUGUCAAUGACAAGGGUUUGUUCAAUAUGGAGCACCUUCGCCCCAAAGCGUCCGAAGGGUUGGUGGUAAAAUUGGGAAAAUUUAUGCGCUAUUUGUCGAUUUUUAGCGAGGGUGAAGCUGAACAUACUAAAGAAGAUCCAGGAGCGUGGGAGGAGAAUUUCAAGUCUCAUCAUGAUAGUAAACCUAGAGGGCCUGAAGCUGUGGGGGUUGACGUGACUUUCCCGGGAGCUUUGAGGAUUUAUGGGCUGCCGGAACACGCAGAUAAGCUGGCUUUGAGGACUACGCAGUCUGGGGGGCUUGAUCCCUACCGGUUGUACAAUUUGGAUGUGUUUGAGUAUGAAGUGGACUCUACAAUGGCGCUGUAUGGGGCGAUCCCGGUUGUUUAUGCACAUUCCGACAAAAAUACAGUGGGUGCUUUCUGGCACAACGCCGCUGAAACCUGGGUGGACAUAGGCAACAGCAAAGACACCAACGUCGUUUCGUCCAUUGUAAACCUGGUCUCAGGCCACCAACCCGAAAAUACAGUCGACGCCCAUUUCAUGAGCGAAAGCGGCGUCUUCGAUUUGUUUAUUUUGAUGGGGCCCACCCCCAAAGACACCGUCAGACAAUAUGCUUCGUUAACCGGGGUUGCACCAUUGCCACAGUACUUCGCGCUAGGCUAUCAUCAGUGCCGCUGGAAUUACAACGACGAAGACGACGUCAUUAAUGUUGUGGAUAAUUUCGAUACUAAUGAUUUGCCUGUGGAUGUGAUGUGGUUGGAUAUUGAGUAUACGGACGGGAAGAAGUACUUCACCUGGGAUCCUAUUAAAUUUGCUCAUCCUAAUGCGAUGAUCUCUAAUUUGACGUCAGUUGGUCGAAAAUUGGUCGUGAUUAUUGAUCCACAUAUUAAAAGAGAGGGUGGAUAUUUUCUGCAUGAGGAGUGUUUAGCCAAUGAUUAUUAUGUGAAGAAUAAGGAUGGACAUGUGUAUGAAGGUUGGUGUUGGCCCGGCUCCAGCAGCUACCCCGACCUCCUCGACCCCAAAGUCCAGGACUACUACAAAGGCCUGUACAGCCUGGACAAAUUCCACGGAACAACGUCGGACGUCCACAUCUGGAACGACAUGAACGAACCGUCAGUUUUCAACGGCCCGGAAGUCACAAUGCCCAAAGACUGCAAACACUACGGCAACUGGGAGCACAGACACAUCCACAACAUCUACGGCCUCCUCUACACCAAAAUCACCUACGACGGUCUCAUCGAGCGCUCUCCCGACCGCAGACCCUUCAUUUUAACCCGAUCGCACUUCGCCGGAUCCCAGAGGUACGCGGCGGUUUGGACCGGGGACAACGACGCCCAGUGGCCGCAUUUGCAAGCUAGUUUCCCCAUGUGCCUGUCGGAGGCUCUGGGCGGGAUGAGUUUCUGUGGCGCGGACGUUGGAGGGUUCUUCCAUAAUCCCGACACGGAGUUGUUGCAAAGGUGGUACCAGACUGGGAUCUGGUUGCCGUUCUAUCGUGCCCACGCCCAUAUUGAUACCAGGCGUCGGGAACCGUAUCUUUUCGCGGAAGAUGUGCGCAUGCGCAUAAGGAACGCGUUGAGGUUGCGGUACGCCCUUUUGCCCUUGUGGUAUACGCUGUUUAGGGAGCACGAAACAACAGGCGAGCCUGUGAUUAGACCGCUGUUCUAUGUGUAUCCCAACGAUCCUAAUGUUGUGGAUGUUGAUAAUGAGCUUCUCGUGGGAGAUCGAAUUUUGGCCCGGCCUGUAACCGAAGCUGGAGUUUCGUCCGUCAGCGUGUACUUACCUGGAGGUGCCAAUGAGUUUUGGUACGACGUUGAAGAUUUCAAGCAAUACCAAGGGACGGGGGUUAUCACUAUACCAGUGACACUUGAUAAAAAUCCUGCUUUCUACCGAGGCGGUAGUAUUAUACCUAGAAAAGACAGACCACGAAGAUCUUCCUCUCUCACUCAUCAUGACCCUUACACACUAUAUAUAGCCUUAGAUAGCAAUAAAUCAGCUUCCGGAACUUUGUACAUAGACGACGGCCAAAGCUUUAAUUACCGCAAUAAAAAAUAUCUCUACUUGAACUUUGAAUUUAAAGACAAUACUUUAACCAGCAGCUUGAUUGAUAAAACCGAUUAUCCAACUGAUGCCUGGAUCGAGAGGGUGGUUAUUCUAGGACCACCUGCGGGAAUAAAUAAAGCAAAACUUAACAGUAAAAGUUUAGGAACUGUGAGUUUGGAAACGUCCUAUGACGGAGAAAAUCGCUCUCUGACUGUGCGUAAACCAGGUGUCAAUAUUAGAGAGCCGUUUACUUUGAAGCUUCAUUAAAAUAGCGUUAAACGAAAUUAGAAAAUGUACCUUUACGCUAUUAAUACGUAGUAGUUUUAAUUUGUGAUACUUACAUCGUUAAUAGUCUUGAUUGUCGCUCGAGAGUUUACAUGUUUACAUCGUUAAUGUUCUUGAUUUUCAGCCGAUAUUAAAUAAUUACAAAUUU